GGAAAUGUUAUAAAAGACCUCGUUCUUGGCUAGCCAUGUGUAAGUGUUCUGUAUCUAACUAUCCAUAAUCGUGACAGAACUUUUAUCAGCAUGAGUUUUGAGGAUAAUUAUUUGGGGUGCCCAUGCGGGGUAUCAGAGUUGAGAGCAUUGAGUGACAAGCUAAGCGCAAAAGUACUGGAGAAAGUGAACAAUACUCAGGAGCUGGUGAUGAUUAACGAUUUCGCAAAAGAUGCCAACGAGUACUUGUUCAGAAAAUGCUUACAGGACAGAAUUUCAGACAUUUAUUCCUGGCGUUGGGUUCUUGAAGAUUUGUCAAAACGCUUAGACGAUGCUAUAUGUUCGCUCAACUACGAGCUCAAGGCGUUGAAGGUUGUGGGCCAGAGAGUGCAAAAGGAAAUUGAUGAUCAUUGCAUGGGACGGACAAAGCCUGCUGCUUUGUGUCCUUUGAGUGAUACUGUUGAAGAGGCUAUUGUUCAGGAGUAUGAAUUUCUCAAGCAGCAGAAGAAAAACUUCCAAGACUUGGUUAUAACAUUAGAAAAACAAAUAGAAAUUCUUACCAAAACGAAGACGAGGAUCUCAAAGGACAUUCUCAUUAAGUCUCAAACCAUUGCGAUAGAAGAAUCUUGCGCCAACAGAAACAUGGCAAACGUGGACAUUAAAGUUGAAUGUAACAUCAACACGAAAAGGAACAAAGGGUCGCCACCAAAGUGUUGGGAAAAUCGAUGUUCGGCACUAAAAAGAGAUGGCCUUCGAGCUCUUUGCCGUGCUGUUGUUGCGAGACAGCAGGUUAGAGGUGCAAGAAUAAAAUUGUCCAUAACGUCUGAAGCGUUCAUGGCCAAAGUGGAUGCUGCAUUGAAGAGACGUAUACAUGCAAAUAAAUCAAAAUACGCUGAACUGGAAUGGCAAAAAGAAGAGGCGGAAAACGAUUUAAGAGUUUUAGAAGUAGAAAUGUUGAAUACUGAGCAAAGCCUAAUUCAGAAUAUGGAACAAGAACGAGUGGUCAGGGCUAGACUCGCAGAUAGAACCACCAGACCACCUGGUGAACUGCUUAAAGAUGAAAUUAAUAUAAAUUUGAAAAACGAACUCAUUAGAAUCAAGCAGUUCGUCAGAGAUCUUAGGAAAAACAUCGAAAGCAUUAGUACUCUACAGGACAAACUAAAAAAUUCUAUAGUCCAAAUCGAAUGCGCACAAAGAGACUUGGUUCAAAUAAUUAUUCUGGAUGAAGAUAGACAAGCAGCGCGGCAGGGACACGACAUCAAAAAUACUGUAGUUGAUAAUUCUAAUCUUGUCGUAUCUGGCACACCAAACACGUUCAUUCCUGAUUUUCCAACAACUGGCAUGGAACCUGUUUGCACCGCAGCUGAUUUACCCCCAGAAGUACGAUGUAAUGUACUUCUACCUAUCACAGAAGAAGACGAGGAAGAAAAUGAUAAUGAAGAUCAAAAUUGUGGAAGUUACUGCCUGACUAAUAAUGUUCCUGGCUAUGAUUAUGAUGAUGUUGAUGACGAGGGCCUGGAUGAUUAUCCAUUUGACUACUAAUUUGACAAUGCUAAAAACAGUUGCUAAAUAAAUAAUUUCUGAUUAUUUUAUGAAUAUUCAAACAUAGAAAAUUCAUAUAGAGCAAACUCAGUUUCUUACGCGCUCUUUUUGGCGAAAUACGCCUUAUGAAUAAGUAGUAGAGUUCAAACAACUCAUGUCAAGGUAAUUUGCAUAGAGAUAUUUUUGAUUUGUGAAAGUUUUGUCUGGUUUUCGAUUACAGCUUUUAGUUCUAGAUGCAUGAUUUUUAUUGUUAUUAUAGUCAUUUAAAAAAAUGCUACAUUAAUAAUAGUAGUUAGUAUAGAAAUAAUAAAAUAAAAUGUAUUUUGAAAUUUAUUUAGGUAACAACUAAAAUCUGUUUUAACAUUAUUACGAAAAAAAGACAAGAUUAUGUGAACUGAAAAAAAUAUGAACAGAUUUUUUUUUAAUUUCCGAGU